CCGGCGGAAGGAGUUGCUCAGAGUUGCUGCGCGUAGCCAAGGCGGGCGGCCAUAUUGGCUCGCUAAGCGCAGCAGUGUUUGUUUUGUCGGCAGAGGCUGUGCGAGUUAGACCGCGGAGCGCUUUAAACAAAAUCGUGUUCCCCAUCGGUGUCGUCGGCGUUAAUUGUUUGUUGUUUGUUCUCGGCGGACUUUAAUUGCCGUUUAGAGCGUUUGUUGCAAUUUUCAACGUGUCGCAUCUCACUCGCUCUCUCAAUUAUCUCACCACGAGUAUUCUCUUACCAUCGAGUUGUAUCGUCUCGCGCACCUCCCUCCGUUGCGCUUGUUCCCUUCUCCCUAGAUCGGCACCGUCCGUCGGCGAGGCGAGUGCCGCUCCUCCCUUCGCCUCCCCUUCGCCUUAGCGCUGUCUCCCUCCGCACUCCGGGAUCGACACGGCUCGCGGCGACUAGGUGGCAGUCGUACACGGGACGCAGUGAGAUUCGGAACGACGCGCCACCAAGAGCACGAUGGCGUGCGCCACACUCAAAAGGUCCUUGGAGUUCGAUCCGGUGCACAGCCAUGGCCGGCCCAGCAAGCGGCGUAGAUGCAUGCCCAUGUCGUGCAUGUCGUCCGGCACAUCGGCGUCGUCUCCGCGUAGCAGCUCGCUGCCGCAGAACCCGUCUCCGUUCGGCGAGAUCGCCAACAAAUUGACGCCUGAGAAGAUGGCUGCCAAAGUCAGAGAUGAACUCCGCAGAUUACAACGGCGUAAACAAUUGCAAUUCCCAGCCAGUGACUCAUCAGAUAUGGAAGGUCCUUCGAGUCCUUCUAGCCCAUCUGCCUCAUCUUCAACCCCAUUUAGUCAUAACUCUAGUGGAAAGGAAAAACCUCUUUUCACAUUUAGACAGGUUGGCUUGAUCUGCGAGCGUAUGCUCAAGGAACAAGAAACACAAAUUCGAGAAGAAUAUGAUAAAAUCUUACAUGUAAAGCUCUCCGAGCAAUAUGACGCUUUCGUAAAGUUUACAUACGAUCAGAUACAAAAGAAAUUUGAAGCUUCGGCUGCACCGAGUUAUCUAUCAUAAGAAAAGAUUUUUAUUUAUAAGGAGCCAUUUUUGUGAAGAAUACUAGAUUUCUACUGUGUGAAACAAAUUUUGCUUGUGCCGAGGUCCGCAGCAUCGUCCUGCUUCGGAAAUUACCUCUAAAAGAAUAACUGGUUUCAGCAGUCAAAGUUGUGGGUAAAACAAACAUUCAAAGAAUUAAAAAAAAAAAAAUAAAAAAUAAAAAAAAACGAUAAAAAACAAAAAAAACGAAGAAGAAAAAGAUAUAACGAUUAGCAACGUAAGUUUGUAGAGAGAAAAGAGAGAGAAGCGAAAGAGUUCGCGGUGAACGUACUACGAAAAUCUACCAUGUAUACUUUCGAGACUAACAAUAUUUGUACUGUUCGACAUUAGAAGUACGCUGGUAUCAGGGAACUGAUCCUACUUAUGUACAAAUGUUAUUACGGUUAAAAGUAUGAUACAUGUACACAGGUGCAAGAUUAGUAGGAGGCUUGAGAAAAAACAAAAGAGAGAGUGAGAGAAAAAGAGUGAGCGAAAGAGAGAAAGAGUGAGAGAGAGAGAGAGAGCUGCGAAAUUUUUCUUCUAGUUUGUCACACACAGAUAUAUAUAUUUUCUUCUUAGCUCAUUUCGCGGACACUAUAUAACAUAAGGAAAAUUGUUAGAUUUCACAAAUGUUUCAACUCAAACAUUGAACCGAAUGUCUAAACGAAGCUACUCCAAUAAAUUCUUAAUAUUUGUUUUUUGACUGCGACAAUUUAAAAUAUUGCUCAAAAUGUACAUGGCAACCAAUGCUUUCAGCGCAAAUUUACAACAUAUUUUGCAAAAUUUAAGACAGAGAAGAUAAUGUAUGUAGGAAAAGAUAAGAGUAAAAAGGAUUGCCAUUCUCUAACUGUUUUGCAAGGAAAAGAGAGAUUUAACUUCUGAUGUACGAUUGCGUAAAUCUAAGGAAUAGCGUUACAAAUUAUUUGUAAAAAAGUGAGAACUUUAUAGAGAGAUACAUUAGCUUAAACUUUUGGAGUAUAUUGCGAAUUCGUUUUGGAUUUCAAUUUUUAUCCACUUUUGAGAGAUUUUUGUUUGGUUGUACUUUGUCGCUCUACAGCAACCUAUGAUUAAUUGUAAAAUUCUUAUAAAUUUAUUUCUCGCCGUCGUUUUGAUUUUUGUUGUUGUUUUUUUCUUCUUUUUUAUAAAAAAAAUUCUUUGUGAAAAAACCGAUCUCAUUUAUUAUAAAUGUUAGGAGCUGUGAAAGUGUCGGGACGAUAUUGUAGACUAUAGUAGGUAUUGUACGAAACAUAAGUUUGGAAUAAAGAUUUCAUAAAAUUUCGCCAGCAUUUCUGUUCCCUGGUAGCAACGAAUUUCUGUAGUUAUAAUAAAAGUGCUGAGUAAUGAAUAUAACUAUAUGUACCAUACUCUUUAACUGUGCCUAUUAUUAGAUAUGUUUAUACAUAUAUAUAUAUAUAUCACACUAUUCUUAUUACUACUACGUUAUAAUGUAUAUUAUUUACUGUUAUCAUCGUCGUAGAACUUUUUUUCUAAUUCAUAGCGAUUCUUAUUAUACGUUGUAGGAGAUCCUCCUCCGAGCGAUAAUUUUUUAGUUUUCUUUUUUUUUUAUUAUUAUUAUUGGAAUAAAAAAAAUUAAUAUCUCUUGCGACUCUCUUCACAGCUGUCAACGCGUUUUCGCGUUUUUUCUUUAGCGUGAAGAUUUUUGGUUUCGAAAUAAAUGGGAGGAGAGAAGCAUUUAGAGAAGUAUCGAGGAAACUGUUUGUCAUGUGUUCUCAUAAGCACAAUGUAAAAAAAAAAAAAAGAAAAAAAAAAGAAAAAAAAAUCUCGAUCUUCAAUUGAUCAUGCCUAUAUGAUUGUCGAGAGAAAGCGAUAUCUCGUAUGUAUUCGAAGGGGCAUUCGAAUUUACUACUGCCUUUUUCAUAUUGCGGAAAAAAAGAAAGAAAGUGUUUCUCAGUUACCACGAUAUUUUUGGGAGCAUCGUAUACCGAUGGUGUUCAUGCCCAUACACAUGUACACACGCAUAUACACACACACACACAUACAGAAGAAGAAGAAAUAUGUAUAUAAUGUUACAUCGAGCAACCACACAAUGUAAAGACGAAAGAAAGAAAUGAAUUGCGAAGAAACAUAAGCGAGUUUAAUUGUUAACGCGAAAUGUAAUAAUAAUAAUAAUAACAACAAAAAUAAUAAUAAUAAUAAUAAUAAUAAUAAUAAUAAUAAUAUCUACUGGAAGAUCGCGAUAGAUAUCGAUAUAUUAUUAAGAACAACCGUGAAAAUAGCGAUCGUUCGAAAAUUUCGCGUUUUUGUUUCGACUACAAGAAAUACCUCUAUAUUGUAUUGUAUAAAUAUCUAUUAUCAAAAUAAAAAUAAACUCUCUUAAGACUGAACGAGAA